GAAGUAAAGCUUUUUUCUUUGUGUGUUUUAUUUUCUCUGUCGUAACACAACACAAUAUGUUAAAAUACAUAAUCUGAAUUAUUUUUAUUUAAGAAGUUAAUGUAGUCCCCUAAUUCUUGUUUAUGUCAUCAUCAAUAUCUUACUUACCAUUUUUAUCUUUUCAGAUUCUGACUUAAUAAAUUCGGCCUAACAUUACAUACUGCUACUAUUUAACUACUCACAACAUCUUUUUUGCUCUGUGCAUUCAAAAUGGAAGGCUUUUUCUCUUUUCAAACCCUAGCUUGCACACUACUCUUCUUCAUCAUAAUCCAUCUUCCUCCUCUAUUUUCCGACGAAAACAAGUUGUUUUCUAGCUGCGGCAAGUCCUUCAACUGCGCAAAUAUAACUGAAAUUACUUAUCCUUUCUGGGGAAAGGAUCGACCGAAGGAGUGCGGUUAUCCUGGAUUCGAGCUUCAAUGCGACGGUCAGGGAAACACUGUAAUACAGAUAUCGAACGUAAAUUACCUUGUUCUGGAUAUUAAUUUGGAUGCUCAAAUUAUUACAGUUACUAGAAAAGAUCUAGGUAUAGAUGGAAUUUGUCAAUUUAACUCUACUAUAGAUAAUUCCAAUACAUUCGAGUACGCUUCGAGCUUAGUGAAUGUCACGUUCAAUUACGCGUGCUCGCCCUGGAUCGGAUCGUUCAAUUGUCCGAUUAAUGGAGUGAAUCAUAAGAAUAGUUUUACAAUUGGAGGUGAUGAGGGAGCUGGGACAUGUCAUGCUAGUAUAGUUGUACCAGGUCGAAAGGAGUUGCCGUCUGGAGGAAUAAUUCGAGAUUUGGGGGAUUUGAAGCAGUUGCUGGAACAGGGAUUUGAUGUGAAAUGGAAAGUGGAUACUAGUCAUUGUAAGGAAUGUGAAAAGUUUGGGGGACGUUGUGGAUUUGAUGCUGGUGCUAAUGAAUUUAGGUGUUUCUGCCCUGAUGAUCAAUCUUCUUCUUCUUCGUCGUCGUCCAAUAAUGCCUGUACCAAUGGACUUCCUUACUCUGGAACUGAUAAUAGUAAACCGCUUUCAUCCCUGGCUACACCGCCUGGUACGUUUUUCCGAUUUCCUUCUUAA